AUGUCCUCCCCCUCCUCCCAGGUCCCAUCCACCCACAGUUCCCCCAACCCGAAUCAGCGGAACCGUCCAUCUAGUCGACGAGAGACUCCGGACUCGGCGUCCAAUACAAAGAAUGCGCCUAUUCCUGACGAAGAACAUGGCGCCGAGUUGCCGUUGACUAUGUCUGCGUCUGUCGUCCUGACGAGUUUGCCACGUGAUGCUCACCAGGCACUGGCUGAUGCUGAAGCUGUUGACACAGGCAAAGUCACUGUCCGGUUCCAGCCUCUUGGCUCUGCCCCUAUUCUUAAGAAUCGGGUGUUUAAGAUUAGUGCCUCGCAAAAGUUCGAAACUGUGGUCAAGUUUCUGAGGAAGAAGCUGGACUGCAAAGAGACGGAUUCUGUCUUCUGCUACGUAAAUAGUGUUUUUGCUCCUGGUUUGGAUGAAGGCGUAGGAGGAUUGUGGCGGUGCUUCAAAACUGAUGACCAGCUGAUUGUUGCCUACUCUAUGACACCGGCAUUCGGCUGA